AAUUAGUUCAUUGUAACUGUUCUAAUUAGUUCACUAUAUAAAAACAUUCUUCUUGAUCUUCUUCUCUCUCGGUCUUAUCGUCCAAAUUAGCUACACUACUUAGCUAAUAGCUUGAUUGUUUUCCUGGGUUUGUGCCUUGGUCUGCAAAUAUAUAUAACUAAUUCACUAUAUAUAUAUAUAUAUAUAAUGGAGAAGAGUGUGAGAAGUAGUAGUAGUAGUAGUGUAAUAAUACUACUCAUGAAUUUGGUUGUGUUUUUUCACUAUGCAAUAGCAGCAGCUAGGCCAAUCAAUAAUAAUCAAACUCAAACUACAUCUACAUCUUUGGAUGAAGAAAAACUUAUUGAUUUUAAGUUAAAGCUUCUCAAUAAGCCUCCCCUUAAGACUAUCAAGAGUAGUGAUGGAGAUAUUAUAGACUGUAUUGACAUAUAUAAACAGCCAGCUUUUGAUCAUCCAGCUUUGAAAAACCACACUAUUCAGAUAAAACCCAGCAGCGAUUUAUUAGAGAGAAUAAACGACACGAACUCAAACUACUCAAAGAGUGUUGUUUUUCAAACAUGGCAAAAAAACGGAGGUUUUUGCCCAGAGGGAAGCGUUCCAAUUCGAAGAAUCCAAAGAAAAGACUUAGUAAGAUUGGGCAACUCUAAUGUUGGGCGUUUUGGACAGAAGAACCCUUAUGUUGUUAGGCACCACCAUAACACAACUCUAAACGACACACCAAACGCUGUCGUUUUGCUAAACGACACCCGCUCAGUCUCCCUACCUGAUUUAGUCAACCGCUCUGUGGCUUUGCUAGUGACACUCGGGUACAAUUAUAUAGGAGCUCAAGCAAGUCUAAAUCUAUGGAACCCAAUAGUUUUGGCAAAUGAAUACUCAACAUCCCAAAUUUGGCUCAAGGCUGGCAUUGCAGACACCUUUGAGAGCAUCGAAUCAGGCUGGGUGGUAAACCCAAAUUUAUAUGGUGAUACACGCACAAGACUUUUUGUAUAUUGGACAACGGAUGGGUACGUUUCAAAAGGUUGCUUUGAUCUCACAUGCUCAGGUUUUGUUCAUACGAAUCCAAAUGUAGUCUUGGGUGGAUCCCUUGAGCCUUGCUCAUCCCAAUCCGGACCCCAAUAUGAACUACCAAUUACCAUUACACUCGAUCCACAUGUUGGGAAUUGGUGGCUUAAAGUGGGACAAGAUGUGGCAGUAGGGUAUUGGCCGGGUACUCUUUUCGGGUAUUUGCAACACAGCGCGGUGAUGGUGCAAUGGGGCGGAGAAGUGUACAGCCCGAAUGUGAGGGAGCAAAAGCCUCACACAACCACUGCCAUGGGAAGUGGUCAGUUUGCCCGCCUCCUUCAUGGGGAGGCGGCUUAUGUGAAAGGGGUUAGGAUCAUGGACUACUCGUUGUCCCUCAAGUACCCUGAAUGGGUAGAUACUUGGGGUGAUGAGGAUUAUUGCUACUCGGCUUUUAAUGAGGUUAAGUAUGGAGUCGAGCCUACCUUUUAUUUUGGUGGUCCGGGUAGAAAUUCGCUUUGUCCUUAAUUAAUUAUGUUAUAUUAUUUAAAUUGCCUUAAUUAUUAGUUCAUUUCUCUUCUAAUAUAAUAUCAAAUCUCAUAAUCUCAAUGUAAUACUAAAUUAUUUUUGAGAGUUG